GCCCGCCCCUCGCGCCCCCGCCCAUUCUCUUUGGCAGCCAACUCCCUCGCGCGGGGAGCCCAUUCGCAAAUGACCUCCGACGCCCCGCCCGGCCUGGGGGACUCCCCUUCGGAGCAGACUCGACCAAUCUACCACCUCCCGCAGGCCAAGCUCCCAAGCCUGGAGCGGGAAAACCCGCCACGCUUCGCCCCAGCCACAGGCGACCAGCGCCAGGCGAUCAUCAUUGACAAUGGGUCCUUCAACUUCCGCGCCGGCUGGUCAAGUGACCCGGCUCCCUGCCUGGACUUUCCCAGCGUGGCCGCCAAGCCGCGGGUCAACCGCAAAACCGAUGACCCAUCGGCCAAUCUCACGCGCGUCGGCCACGCUGUCUACGCCGAUCCGACUGGCAGUCGCCUCCACGCACGCCAGCCCCACGGUGCAGACCACGGGCUCCUGGUCAACUUUGACGUCAUGGAGGAGAUCCUGGACUUUUCCUUUGCUCGCCUAGGCGUCCGUGGUCAAGCGGUGGACCACCCGCUGGUCAUCACGGAAGCCUUUUGCCUGCCGAAUGGCAUCCGCUCUGCCACCAACGAGAUGCUCUUCGAGCUGUACGGCGCGCCGGCAGUCUCGCACGGCGUGGACUUUCUCUAUGCCUACCACUAUGGCCUGUCGCAGGUGGGCUCCCAGUCGGCACCUGAUGCGUCGCUCAUUGUGGCUGCCGGCUACCGGAACUCACAUGUGGUGCCGGUUCUCGACGGCCAGGUUCAGUUCAACCAUGCCCGGCGCGUGGACCUUGGUGGCGCAUCCAUGGAGUCCCUUCUCGGAUCGAUCCUGUCCAUGAAGUACCCCCAUCUGCAGGAUCAGUUCAACUCGCCUCACACGCUAGCCAGUCUCAUUCAUGAGCACUGCCGCGUGAGUACCGACUAUUCCCGAGAGAUUAUGACCUUCUUCGACCGAUCAUCGAGCUCCCUGCUGCCAGAGGCUCUCAAGGGCCAGCCCACGCGCGACAUCUUCGAUCGGCUGAAUCGCAUCAUCCAAUGCCGCGUCAGCGAGGCUCUGCUCAAGCAAAAUAGCCCCGAGGAAAUCGAGCGCAUUCGGCAAAUGCGUGCCGAAAGCGGCCGCCGACUGCAAGAACAGGCGGCCAAGAAGCGCGCCGCCCGGAUGGCUCGGCUUGAGGAGGUGGUUGACAACUUGCGUGUCCACCUUGCCGAACAGGAGGUCUUGACUCCAAAAGCCUUCCAGGCGUACCUCUCUCGAAAUGGCUUCCAGUCGGUGGAUCAAUUGCUGGAGGCGAUCCAGCGAGCGGAAGGGGAACUGACCACCGCCCGGAAUCGCGCCCUCGGCAUUGACACCACCUCGUCCCCCAAGACCGAAGCCGCAUACCCCCUGUUGGAUGUGCCGGACGAACAGCUCACCCCGGCCGAAGUGCGCGAGAAGCGCAAGCAGCGACUGCUGAAGGGCGCGGCGGAUGCCCGGGCCCGGGCCCAAGAACAGCGUCAGACCGCACUCCAGGCCGAGGCCGAGCAAGCCGAGUUGGAUCGACUUGCCUACGAGGCCGACCCUCGUCUUUUCAUUGCACAGAAAUUGGCCGAGCGCCAGCGCAUCAUCGAGCGUCUGCGCGAGUCGCGCAGCCGGCGGCAGCAACUUUUGUCCCGGCAUUCGGCCACCGCGCAAAAGCGCAUGCGCCACCUGGCCAACCUGGCCUCCUCCGGUGAGGGGCUUUCCUCGGAUCCGUCCGGCGAGACCGGGCCCUCUCGGGGAGGGCGCCGCCGGGGGCGCGGUCGGGCUGGCGGCCGCGGCAACCAGGACGACAGUGACGAUGACAACUUUGGCGCCGAUGACAGCGAUUGGUCCAUUUACCGCGAGAUUUCUACGGAGGGUGAUCAGGAGGCUGAAGAGGAGGACCUUGCGCUGCUGGCGGCCAUCGAAACACAAAUUGUUCGGUAUGAGCCGGCCUUCACGCCGACUGACCUGUCGGCCCCGAAUGCGGUGGACUCGCUGCUGGUCGACCGCUCGCAGGACUGGCUCCUGGCCCUGCUGACGCAUGGUGUGGCUCUGCCGGCCUUUUUCAACACGCGCAAGCGCUCGCGCGGCUUCACCCCAACCAAUGUCAAGGAUGCCAUGCUGGCGCGCGGCAUCAGCGACGAGACCCUGAACCUACAUGAGCAGCAUCAGAUCCAUUUGAACAUCGAGCGCCUCCGUGUGCCCGAGGUGCGUCGCGCGCCGUGUUUUGCUUUUGGUUUUCGCACUUGCCGAUUGCAACUUACACAUCGGUGUGCUCAUUGUCCUGGCUCGCCUUGCCUCUCCGCCCAUGACCGGCUCUCAUGCGCGCCUGCGUACUCCUGCGCCACUUUGCCAUGCAGGCUCUCUUCCAGCCAUCGAUCAUUGGUAAUGAUCUGUGUGGCCUGUCGCAGACCGCUUCGCGGGUGCUUGCCGAGAUCAAUCCAACCGCACGCUCGCGCGUUGUUCAGGAUGUUUUCUGCACCGGCGGCCCGGUAAACCUCCCCGGCUUUGGCGAGCGUCUUUUUGCCGACAUCCGCAUGAAUUUGGACGAAGUCGAUGCGGCGUCACUGCGCCUGCGCGGCCCAUUUGGGCAGCUCGAUGGGCGUGGCGGGUCUCCAACUCAGGACACCCCUUUUCACGAUCCGACUCUCGAUGCGUGGCGCGGUGCGGCCAUGUCCGCCCGGGGGCCAGUAUUCACAAGCCGGCAAAUGUACGACGAGUUUGGGGCCGACUUCUUCCAAACACACCCGGCCUCGAAUGUGUACUUUUCGCUGGACUGAAUAUGCCGGUUGGCUCGGCGAGCUGUGGCCCGGCGGAAAAUACAUCUCCUUUGCCUCUGCCCACGUCCACCGAGGAAGACAGCCCACUGACCGGGAGGACAGAUGGGAGGAUGGAUCGGCGGUGGGGUUUCA